GCGAGAGGAAAAAACAGGCUCUUUACCAAACAAAAAGGUUCCUAAAAUUCUUGCAAAAAGAUUAUUUGUUUGAAGAUGAUAAAGGGGAAAGAAGGGAGCCAUUGACUUUAUAAGAUGACAGAGUUGAAGAUGAUAAUGUGGCAAGAAAUCUUGAUAUAAACCAAAAUUGUUAUAUGGUGGUUGUCAGGUAUGGUUCAACAGAAUCAACACUUCACUUUCUUGGUGUUCUUCACUGGCUUUUUUGUUAAGUUUUGUCUGGUAGACAGUUCAAUAAAAGUGCAAAUGACAGAGCUGCUGUAAUCAUACAUUGGAGUUGCUAAGGGAGUUCUCUGUCUCAAAAUGCCAUUCCUCGACAAGUUUUCUACCAAUCAUAUGUUCAUAGGAAAAGGAUAUGGGAUGUACGGCAUCAUUGCUGCUGUUAUUGUUGGUCUUGUUGUGCCACUUUUACUUUCCUCGAUAUUCAUUAACAAGAGGAAGAACAGACAAAGAGCAGUGGCUGUCGAGGUGGGUGGUGAACCGGGCAUUACAAUGAAGAAUAGUAGAUUUUCUGCAUUGGUUGAGGUUCCUUGGGAAGGAGCCACAACAAUGGCUGUGCUUUUUGAACAAUCUUGCAGAAAACAUGCUAAACAUCCUUGUCUGGGAACGAGGAAGCUGAUUAAGAAAGAAGUAGUAGAAUCAAGCGAUGGGAGGAAAUUUGAAAAACUACAGUUGGGAGAAUACCAAUGGCUGAGUUAUGGAGUAGCAUUUGAGCAUGCUUGUAAUUUUGCGUCUGGUCUUGUGAAGUUGGGCCAUGAUAUAAAAGAUCGAGCUGCGAUUUUCGCUGAUACUAGGGCUGAAUGGUUGCUUGCCUUUCAGGGAUGCUUUCGUCAAAACAUUACAAUUGUAACUAUCUAUUCAUCACUUGGAGAGGAGGCACUAGUCCACUCGCUUAAUGAGACAGAAGUAUCAACUCUCAUCUGUGAUUUCAAGCAAUUGAAAAGACUCUCUGCGAUAAGCUCACGAUUGGAAACUCUCAAGCAUGUAAUCUACUUUGAAGAUGAAGGAGAAGCUGGUUCACUGUCUAAUAAUGGCAAUUGGACUGUUUUAUCCUUUAAUGAAGUUCAAAAACUUGGGAAAGAGAAUCCUGUCACUCCGAGGUUACCCUCUAGAACAGAUAUUGCAGUGAUCAUGUAUACAAGUGGAAGCACCGGAUUGCCAAAGGGAGUAAUGGUAAGUCAUGGCAACAUCGUGGCAACUGCAGCAGCAGUUAGGACGAUUAUUCCUGGCAUUGGACGCAAUGAUGUAUACUUGGCUUAUUUGCCCCUAGCUCAUGUUCUUGAAUUGGCAGCAGAGACUGUGAUGUUAUCUGCUGGCUCUGCCAUUGGUUAUGGUUCGGCGUUAACCUUAACUGACACAUCAAAUAAGAUCAAGAAAGGAACCAAAGGUGAUGCUUCUGUGUUAAAGCCCACCCUUAUGGCCACAGUUCCUGCAAUUCUAGAUCGCGUCCGGGAUGGCGUGCUGAAGAAGGUUGAGGAACAGGGUGGGGUAUCCAAGAGGCUCUUUAAUGUUGGAUAUAAACGCAGGCUAUUGGCAAUUGAAGGAAGUUGGUAUGGAGCAUGGGGCCUUGAAAGACUUAUUUGGGAGAACCUUGUUUUUAAGAAAAUACGCACUAUCUUAGGUGGAAAAAUUCGGUUUGUGCUUUGUGGUGGGGCUCCUCUAUCAAAAGAUACUCAAAGAUUUACCAACAUUUGCCUAGGGGCUCCCGUUGGUCAAGGUUACGGUUUAACUGAGACAUGCGCAGGGGCUACUUUUUCUGAAGCUGAUGAUACAAGUAUUGGCCGUGUUGGUCCACCAAUUCCUUCUUGCUACAUCAAGCUAGUAUCUUGGGAAGAAGGUGGCUACACAAUUUCAGAUGCACCAAUGCCCCGAGGGGAGGUUGUUGUCGGUGGACACAAUGUGACAUUAGGGUAUUUUAAAAAUGAGGCCAAAACAAAUGAGGUGUAUAAAGUGGAUGAGAAUGGAGUACGUUGGUUUUAUACAGGUGAUAUCGGACAAUUUCACCAUGAUGGUUGCCUUGAGAUCAUUGAUAGAAAGAAGGAUAUUGUUAAACUUCAACAUGGAGAGUAUAUAUCUCUAGGAAAGGUUGAGGCAGCAUUAGCAGCAAGCGAUUAUGUUGACAACAUAAUGGUGUAUGCUGAUCCCUUUCACAGUUAUUGUGUCGCAUUGGUUGUACCUUCUCGUCAUGCCAUCGAGAAUUGGGCACGGAGUGUGGGUAUUGAAUACCAAAACUACGGAGAGCUUUGCAAUCAAGAUGAAGCUGUCAAAGAAGUUCAGCAAUCGCUUUUGAAGGCCGCAAAAACAGCAAAACUUGACAAAUUUGAGAUUCCUGCAAAGAUCAUGCUAUUGCCGGAUGCGUGGACUCCAGAGUCAGGGCUGGUUACGGCUGCUCUUAAACUAAAGAGGGAACAACUGAAGGCCAAAUACAAAGCUGAACUUGACAAGCUCUACCAGUGAGGUGCCUUUUCUCAUUGAUCAUCUAAUUCUGUGCUGACACUGGUAAUCAUCUUAAUUUGAGUAUCACAACAUCCUCUACUUGUUACAGAAAUAUGAUCUGCUGACUGCUUUGGUAAUAAUUUUCCAAUAAGAGAUGAUAUUUUACAUGUUACACUGUGUUGUUCUUUGUCCUUUUGGUUGUGAACGUUAAGAGUGCCUAAAUAUUCAGAUCCACAGAGGCAAAAGAAUAACAUUGCAUCUUAAGUUUGUAAAAAUUAUGCAAAACAAAAGAAAAACAUUGUGAU